CCUCGCUUAUGCAUAUGUUGAAGGUGUAUUCGCAAUGCCCGCGUUCAACCGAGCUCUCUGCGGUUACUUCUUGUGCUCCUUCGCUUUCGCGUACCAAGAACUAGGGCAUGAAGUGGAACAGGGAUUGAACGAUCUGUUGGAUGCUUUUGGAAGUCAACUUUAUCAAGCACCCAAAUUUUCAACGGGUGAUCGAGUUGCAAACUGGAGGGAGAGCGAUGGAGUCAAUCCUGAAGAAAUGGGCGAAUACCCGGAGGGUGAUAUCCUCUUUCCUUUGAGGGACAGCGCCGCCAGAAACGGGAUAACGACGCUAUCUUCGAGAUGGAAAAGAGGAAAAAUCCCCUACGUAAUCUCAGGCUCCUUCAGCUACCAAGACAGGCAAAUGUUAGAUCGCGCAUUUGAUGAAUAUGCGCGGCUCACAUGCAUCAGAUUUGUCCCUAGGUCGACUGAAACCGAUUAUCUAUACAUCACGAGCGAAAAUACAGGUUGCUGGUCUUCUGUGGGCAAAAUCGGAGGUGCCCAACAACUCAACUUGCAAAGUCCAGGAUGCUUGACACAACUCGGAACGGUGAUGCACGAGUUGAUGCACGCCAUUGGUUUCAUGCACGAGCAAAAUCGCUGGGAAAGGAAUAGAUAUGUGACAAUUAAAUUUGAAAACAUUGAACCAGGGAAAGAAAUUAAUUUUGAAAAAGCAAAAAGGAAAACAACAGAUGGUCAGGGGAUUGAGUACGACUAUUCAAGUGUGAUGCAUUACUCCGGGACGGCAUUUUCUAUCAAUGAACAACCUACAAUAGUAGCUAAAGUUCCCGGUGUCAAACUAGGACAAAGGGUUAACUUAUCGAGGAAAGAUGUAAAGAAAAUAAGAAGGAUGUAUAGAUGUAACAAGGGCGUUUCAAACAUAAACUAAAAUAAUUUAUGUUUAUUUAUUUUUGUAUAUAUUUAUCUG